CAGCUAACCUCUAACCAACAAUGAAUAGCAUCAAAUCAGUGAUUGUGUGUUGCCUCCUGGUGGCAGUCUCGGCCGGUGUAGACCGAAGGAGAGGUGGACAAGGAUCCAACAGAUUCCUUACUGGAGGUUUCGGUGGCGUCCACGGAGGCGGUCUCUUCGGCGGCGGUUUCAAUGGUGGCGGAAUCCAUGGCGGUGGAAUUCAUGGUGGCGGAAUCCAUGGUGGUGGAAUUCAUGGUGGCGGUAUCCAUAGUGGUGGAAUCCACGGCGGUGGAGUCUCUAGUGGCCCAAGCCAAUGCAGAUACUGGUGCAAGACUCCGGAGGGUCAAGCCUACUGCUGUGAGACGGUGCACGAACCAGAGACACCUGUUGGCACCAAGCCACUCACAUGCCCUCAAGUCCGUCCAACAUGCCCACGAUUCCAUGGGCCUCCCACAACCUGUUCCAACGACUACAAGUGUGCUGGUCUCGAUAAGUGUUGCUUUGACAGGUGUUUGGGAGAACACGUAUGCAAGCCUCCCUCAUUUUUCAAUAAUCAUCUCCCCUUUUAAUGGGGGGUUAUUGCUAAUAUAGAGCCAUCGGUUUUCCGGUUAAUAACGGAAGAUAAGAAAUCUGUGAUUUGUAAAUAUUUAUUUUUGAAUAAUGAUUCUUGUAUGUUUAUA